AUCCACUACGUAAAGUGCGACUGACCACAUUCACGUAGCAGGUUAGUCAAUUUUCUGCAGUACUCACUAUGCAAAUGGCGUAGAGACCGCAUUCAUGACAGUAAAUGUUAACGUAAAACUACGUAACACAACAUUUGCAAUAGGUGGCCAUGGUGGCCACGCAAGUAUUGCGAGUCAUUCAAUCAAACAUAAGAAAAAUCGUUUUGAGGAAUAAAUACACAGCGAAUAAAUAAAUCCGUUUCCCUGCAUUUGGCGGUGGUCCAACGCUGCAAGUUUGCAAGGUAGGCUACGUGGGUUCGGCUGGGUUGAACGAAAAGAUUCGACGUUUAUUUAGACAUUGCGCAUGAAUAACCCUUCUCCACUCACCAUAUACGGAUUUAAAACAUGUCAACGGGGUUAAAACAGGCUCAAAAUAUAUGAAAACCGUGUGUUUUGGUUUGCUUUUUAAUAGUCAUUUCUGAUUUGCGAACUCCAUUUUAUUGUACAUAGAAGACCAACAGUGUCCUAAAGGAGCCUCUUGGCCGGUCGUUUGUUGUUGGUACGCCUUGUAGAAGCAGUGUGGCCAUGCAAUAGACAAAUCCUUUCCCAACACCCUCAAAUAAUCGCCCGUUCUUUAGCCUGAUUUUGGGAGGAAACGCCACUGCACUCACAACUGACACAUUGUAUCAACCUGUGCCAGUGUGACGCAUCGGUUGUUACAUUGUAGUAACAAACGUUGUGCUGUUACUUUGUUGCACAAAGCAGCCACCUAUAGAGGGAUAUCAUAGGGGUCUGCCCCUUACUAUCUGUCAUGUGUUUUCAAUGUGUGUCUGUCAAUUCAGGAACUUAACAAAAAAUUACAAUCCAAUAAUGGAAAAAAGGGCAUUUAUUUUCAAUGACUUCUCAAUAAACUGAAAAGUAGAAGCAAUUUAUUUCAAAAGAUUUUAAACUUCCUGAAUUGGCUGACUUCAAUUCAAAUUGAGACCAGCCCAGGUAUCUAUGUAGGCUACAUAUACAGUGUUACAGGGAUGGAUUGCUUUCCCUCGUGAGUCAUGGCCUCAAACCCCAAAUAGCCUGGAUCAAAUAUAACCCACCACAUUCCCAUCAUCUUGAAUACGAUUUUAUACCAUUUAGCUACUAUGGUAACCAGAAUGUAAAUACUCCGCUGUAUAUUGUCAUUGUAGAGUUGUAUGUAAUCAAAUAUGCAAAAUUCAACCAAAUGGUGUAUCUGUACAAAACAAUGUGUUAUGUGACCAUGAGAUUUUCUAUAUUUGCAGAGCGGUGUGUGUUGCUGUAUGAGGUGUGCGUGAGUGAGGGUGUGUGUGUUGCUGUAUGAGGUGUGUGUGAGUGAGGGUGUGUGUGUGUGUUGCUGUGUGUGUGAAGUCCAGACAUGGUAAAGCUGGAGCUAGAUCAGGUGGUAAUGAGGAGGAUGAGGGAAGAUGACAUCGAGACUGUCAAAGCUAUCAUCAAGGAGGGUUGUCAGGGAACAGAAAACCGUCUGAUCCUCCACAUCCUGACUCGUCCUGUCUGCCUCCUACUCCUGGCCACCGUCUCUUCAGUCCUCCGCUGCUUCCUUCACUCCUUCAUCCUGGCCCUCAUCAUCCCUGUCUUCCUGCUCAUCGUCUACCUCAAGUUCACCAUGCCACGCUCCACCGGAGUGCUGGGCACCAGCCGGCCCUACUGGGACUAUGUGGGGAGCAGUUACAGAGGGGCGCAGGACGAGACCCUUCCCAACCCCUAUAGCAGGAUCAGUGGGAAACCCCCACCGGCUAAAGGCAAGGCCAGACGGAGGACCAAACCCAAUGCAGAGGACAAGGACAAAGAGUCGUCUCCUGAGAUCGUAGACGUGGAGAGGGAGAAGGCAGCAGGGCAGGUGUGGGUGGCGGACUGUGAGGGGGAGAUCGUGGGCUGUGUGUCCAGGGAGGGUGACUGUCGUCUGGGGAUGAGGAGGUUCUGCAGGGUGGUGGUGGGCUGCUGGUACCGCCGGGAGGGCCUCGGCAGACUGCUGGUCCAGAGUCUGGAGCAGAGGGAGAGGCAGACAGGGGCCAGGAGGGUCUACGCCCACGUCCCCUACCCCUCUGCAGUAGGAGAGGCCUUCUUCAGGAAGCUGGGCUACAGGCUGCAGGGGGAGGUGGGCUACGAUGGGGAGGAAGAAGAAGAGGAUGAAGAGCAGCCGGAGAGGACAUUUCUGGGCUUCCAUGUCACUAAGGUGUUUGUCAAAGACCUUAAGUGAUGUAGGAGACAACGAAGGGAAUGUGGAAAAUAAGACAAAGAUGAUAUACUAAAGGGAAAUGGAGAGAGGAGGAGAAGAGAUACUAUAGGGAAAUAGAGAGAGGAGGAGGAGAGAUACUAAAGGGAAAUAGAGAGAGGAGGAGAAGAGAUA